GCUAGGCCGCAGGAGCGCGGCGAGGGGGGAGCGCGGCGGGCCGGGGCCGGGGCCGGGGCCGGGGCGGCGGCGAGGGCUCCGCCAUGCCGCUGCUGUUCCUGGAGCGCUUCCCUUGGCCCAGCCUCCGCACCUACACGGCGCUCAGCGCCCUGGCCCUGCUGGGCACCGGCCUCAGCGCCUACCGGGCCCUCAGCCAGGGCCCCGGCGGCGGGGCGGCGGGCACCGAGCCGGCCGGGCCGCGGGCCCUGGACGUCGCGUACUACCUGCUCUCCGACAGCCUCUGCGUCUGGGUAUUAGUGAACACUGCCUGCUGUUUUCUGAUGCUGGUUGCUAAGCUAAUUCAGUGUAUGGUGUUUGGUCCUCUUCGUGUCAGUGAGAGGCAGCAUCUCAAGGAUAAGUUCUGGAAUUUCAUCUUCUAUAAGUUCAUCUUCAUUUUUGGUGUGCUGAAUGUUCAGACAGUGGAAGAAGUGGUGAUGUGGUGCCUCUGGUUCUCUGGACUUGUGUUUCUUCAUCUUAUGGUUCAGCUCUGCAAGGAUCGCUUUGAAUAUCUUUCCUUUUCUCCUACCACACCCAUGAGCAGCCACAUCAGAGUGCUCACCCUGCUCGUAGCCAUGCUCCUCUCCUGCUGUGGAUUAGCAGUUGUCUGCGGUAUUAUCGGCUACACCCAUGGCAUGCACACCUUGGCUUUCAUGGCAGCGGAGUCUCUGCUUGUGACAGUCAGAACUGCUCAUGUGAUUUUACGAUAUGUAAUUCAUCUCUGGGAUCUCAACCAUGAAGGAACGUGGGAGGGCAAAGGCACUUACGUCUACUACACAGAUUUUGUCAUGGAGUUAACCUUGCUUUCACUGGACUUGAUGCAUCAUAUACAUAUGCUGCUGUUUGGCAAUAUUUGGUUGUCAAUGGCGAGCCUGGUGAUUUUUAUGCAGCUGCGCUACCUGUUUCACGAGGUUCAACGAAGAAUUCGGCGGCACAAGAACUACCUGCGUGUGGUUGGAAACAUGGAAGCUCGGUUUGCAGUUGCAACACCAGAGGAGCUAGCAGCCAAUAAUGAUGACUGUGCCAUUUGCUGGGACUCCAUGCAAUCCGCACGUAAACUCCCCUGCGGCCAUCUCUUCCACAACUCAUGUCUGCGGUCCUGGCUGGAACAAGAUACAUCUUGCCCCACCUGCAGAAUGUCUCUUAAUAUCACUGACAGCCAUCAUGUGAGGGAGGAUCACCAAAGGGAAAAUCUGGAUGAGAACCUGGUCCCCGUGGCCGUAGCAGAAGGCAGACCACGCUUGAACCAGCACAAUCACUUCUUCCAUUUUGACGGCUCUCGAAUUGCCAGCUGGCUGCCUAGUUUUUCAGUAGAAGUGAUGCAUACUACCAACAUCCUCGGUAUCGCACAAGCCAGCAACUCCCAGCUUAAUGCUAUGGCCCAUCAGAUUCAGGAGAUGUUCCCUCAGGUUCCUUAUCACUUAGUUCUACAGGAUCUGCAGCUAACUCGUUCAGUAGAGAUCACUACUGACAACAUCCUAGAAGGGCGCAUCCAGGUACCUUUUCCCACACAGGCUGCUCCAACCCCCAUGACUGACACUGCAGCUGAACCGGAGAACCAACCUGUGCUAGCAUCAGUCACCCCUAUACACGACAAGAAAUGUUGGAAGCAAAAGUCAGCUCGUCUAGUAGAGGAAGAAACUCUUUCCUUAGAAGUGGAUGAGGCAGACAACUCCUCACAAGAAGAGGAGGAGGAAGAGGCAGAACUUAUAAACGAGGCGGUAACCCCCCGGUCCCUAUCCUGGAGUCAGCUGCGAGACAUGCGAAAAAACUUCAGCCGUCGUCCAGGCGAGCACGUUGUCACCUGGCUGCUCCGAUGCUGGGAUAAUGGGGCCAGCUGCGUGGAGUUAGAGGGUAGGGAAGCCAAGCAGCUGGGAUCCCUUUCUAGAGAAGGGGACAUUGACAAAGUGAUUGCAAAAGGGGCAGGAGUCUUCAGCCUCUGGAAGCGACUCCUGUCAGGCGUGAAGGAAAGGUACCCCUUCAAGGACGAUGUUAUAUGUCACCCAGGCAAGUGGACCACCAUGGAGAAAGGUAUCCAGUACCUGAGGGAAUUAGCCGUGCUGGAGGUUAUUUAUGAUGCCCUGGACAACAAGCAGUCAUCCAAAGAUCCAGAUGAAGUCAGGUGCACACGACUGAUGUGGUGGAAGUUUGUACGGAGUGCACCUUUGUCAUAUGCCAGCUCAUUGGCAGCAAUGACCAGGAGGGGUGGAGAGGGACAGACGGUGGAUGAAUUGACUGUCCAACUCCGGCAGUACGAAGAAAGGCUCACUUCCUCCCUUGUCACAGCUGUGGAGAAACUGUCCCGGGAGUUCCAGCAAUUCAAGGAGGGUAUGUCCUUCUCCCCACCUGUACAGACCAGUAUCUCAGCUAUGAAGAGUAAGCGUUCCUCUGCUCCAGAGAGAGGAUAUAGUGGGUACACACCACGGGCCACCCUGUGGUUUUACUUGCGUGACCAUGGAGAGGACAUGAGGAAGUGGGAUGGAAAAUCUACCUUGACUCUAGAGGCACGGCGUGCAGAUAGCAUUAGACCUGCAUUGAACAGUUCUGUGGAACGGCACAGUACUGAUCAGGAGGAUACUGAAACUGUCACCCAGACUGAGAGGGUGCCACUCGAACUCAACUCAGGACUGGAUGAAAUGGUGGAAUUCAGCGAAAUGGAAGCAGAGCCUAGCCAAGCAGAAGAUUUUGAGGCCAGGGGAAGUCGAUUUUCAAAGUCAGCUGAUGAAAGGCAGCGGAUGCUGGUUCAGCGGAAGGAGGACUUGUUGCAGCAAGCUCGAAAGCGCUAUUUAAACAAAACCUCCGACGAGGAGCUGAGCGCGGAGAAGCCCGAGGGAGCCUCCGCCGACCCCGUCACCCUGCGCCGCAGGACGCUCGCUGCCGCCGCCGAACGGAGACUUCAGAUGCAGCAGAACUCUUAGCGCUCGUCGCCCCUCCUUCCUCCUCCUCGUGAGCAAUGUUGAAUAAAUCAGUUAAAUACAAAAAAAAACAAAAAACAAAAAAACAAAACAAAAAAAAAAACAACCCCUGCGCAUUCUGUACCAGCAGGAAAGUGUCUCUUCAGAGUUCGGCCAGCUGUGCCGCCGAGUGAGCUGGCUGCCUCUCUGCUGUAUAAAGCAUGUGGUCUAAUGAUGUUGGACAGCUGACAAAUUAACCUUUUUUUUUUUUUUUUUUUUUUUUUUUUUUGUAAUAUUUUCUAUGUGACGUUGACCCCCCCUCCGCAAACAAAAGGCCAUUUCUAAACCGCGGGCGUGAGUUCUGCAGCUAGCACGAGGUGUUAGGCUGACUGCCCAGCAGAGGCUGGGGAGAGCGUGUUCUGAUUCAGCAGCUGGGGGUGCAGGUGGCGGAGGGCACCGACGUGCAGCUCGAGAUCAGGGAGAGUUACUCCAAGAGGGAAGAGAGCUUAGAAAUUCGCAGCAAACCCAGGGAUAGAUGGGCAGGCACCCGCUCUUCGGUCCCCCCUUCGGCAGCGAGGGGGCUUAGGUGGGCUGGCUGGGAGGGCUGGGGUAGCGCCGCUGGGGAGUCCGUCCUCGGGCUGGGUGGAAGUUGCCCAGCCGCGUCGUGCAGGAAAAACUGAACUCACGACCUGCGCAGCGAAGCGCCGAUUCGCAUCAAUUCCAGCAUAAAAUAAUCUGUGUGGCGUUGCUGGGCUCUCCUGCGCUGGCAGGCGUCCGGCUCCCUUCGCUCCCCAGGGCUGCGCUGUUUUCGUUGCCUUUUGUGGCCAGAAACAAGUGAGAGGCCGAGGGGAACCGAGUGAAGAAAAGGGGCGCAAGGCGAGGUUCCGGCCCCUGCAGCUCAGUGUUACUGUACAAGCCAAGGGAGUACAAUAGAAAAAACCCGCCUGUUCUGGACUCCAGAGCAACACGGAUGGGACCUCAUGGAGAUAGCUCUGAUACCUUGUUUUUUAUUUCAUUUCCAACCCCACAACUUCACCGUGAGUUUAUUCAGAAGGACUGGAGGAUUGGGGGCAGCUGGACCCGAGGCUGGCUGCAGCCCAACCUGCUCACCUCUGAUUUUUCUACAGAACUCUUGACACAAGAUCCACUUGGAGCCGCCGACGCUAGCUUGCAUAGUUGAAUUUUACAUGGCAGUGACUUAAUUUUUAAACUUCUGAAGAGUGAGUUCUAGUAUCACUGUCCUUUAGAAGGAGCCCAGUAUUAUCUAGAAUUGUUGGUAACUUUUUUUACUGUUGGUUUUUAGGACAUUUUAAGGUGAAUUUAACGAGAGGAGUUGCAUCGAUGUUUAGGUGAAAAUAAUUUAUUUCAAUAAAACUCUUUGGGAAGCCUUACCUUGCAAUGCUAUUAGUAAACUUCAAAGAAUUUUUUUGAGAUCUUUGGUUUUGCUCAAAGCACAGCUGUUUUGUUUUUACUGUUAAAAAACCCCCAAACAAACCACAAAUAAAAUCUUGGUCAGUGUUGGAAA